AUGCGGCUCCGCGCGCCCUUACAAGACGCGUACGGGGCCGCGAACACGGUGCUGGGGCUGCGCUUCUCAGCCGUGCCAUACGGCUCCUACAGCAACUCGUUCUCGAGCUCCUCGCCGGCGUCGCAGCCUGACGACUUCCCCUUCACUCCCUAUACGUCGUUCUCCUUGCUCCACUUCACCCACCAGCCGAUGCGCCCUCUUUCGGAAGACUCGCUCAUGUACUUCCAUCCGCAGGGGAUGCGUAACGACGACACCGACGCGCUGUUCGCCGCCUACCUCGACCCUCCCAUGGCGCCGCAGGACGAUUCGCCGAU